CACCGCACCGCUGCAGUGCGUCUGCCACCGCCGGUCUCUAACCGUUCCAGAAGCCAAAGCCCACCGCCAUCUUUUCCCCGCCGAAGCUCCCCUUGGAUCGAACACGCAGGGCAAUCAGCUCAAUGGCUAUUGAUUCCCAUCUUCGCCAGGAGGCAUCUGUUACUCGACUUGGUCUCAUAUAAUUCCAGCCCUUUUACAUUGUUCUUCGUGGAGCCAAAUUCUUAAACCGCGCCAGUCAAACUCUAUUUCGCCCUUCCUUUUAAGUUAGAAUAAAAUUGCUCUGCAGGGUGGCGUGCGUGGUACUUCAAUUGGGUGCUGCUCAUCUUAAUUGUUACGUUAUGUGCUUGUGUGUUUCUGGGAUCUCGAAGUAUUCAGCUGGGUGUUGGAUUCGGGUCAUAGUCGACGAUUUUCUAAACGGAAGAUAACUUGCUCAAUCCUCUGAGCUAACCUGUCCUGCAACUGCUUCGGAACCUCUUAGUGAUAGGUUCCGAGGCAAAAAUUAUUGUAUCAGAGGCCGGAAUGGAUGUAAAUAGUUCGAAAAAUAUGGGUGACGAUGACAUGUUGAUUUCGGCAGCUAUAGGUUCUUCUGUCGUUCCAGAAGCGUCCCCUGAUUCUCUAAAAAACACGCCAUCUAACAUUGCGAAAUUGGAGGAUGUAAUCGAGCAUUGCGUAGGUCGGCAGAAGUAUCUUGCACAGACAAGGAGUCCUUCCGACGGCGGCGAUGUCCGUUGGUAUUUCUGUAAAGUACCUUUGCUUGGUAAUGAGGUAGCUGCAUCAGUUCCUAAGACUGAAAUAGUAGGGAAGGGUGACUAUCUUCGAUUUGGCAUGAGGGACUCUCUCGCAAUAGAAGCAUCUUUCUUGCAGAGAGAGGAAGAACUACUUUCUAUUUGGUGGAAAGAGUAUGCAGAAUGUAGUGAAGGGCCAAAAGAAAGAGCUGGUUCUAGUCUGAAGAUUGAUAAACAAAGAAACGAAUCUGCUUCAGAGGUCGCUAAAUUAGCCAAGUUGUAUGACAUCGAAGAAGAGCGAGUUGGUGUCCCUGUCAAAGGAGGACUCUAUGAGGUAGAUUUAGUGAAGAGGCAUUGUUUUCCUGUAUAUUGGAAUGCUGAAAAUCGCCGUGUGAUGAGAGGUCAUUGGUUUGCUCGUAAAGGUGGACUUGAUUGGCUUCCACUGCGGGAGGAUGUUGGUGAACAGUUAGAAAUUGCCUAUCGUAGUCAGGUGUGGCACCGGAGAACAUUUCAGCCAUCUGGACUUUUUGCAUCUCGAGUUGAUUUACAAGGAUCUACCCCAGGACUUCAUGCUCUUUUCACUGGGGAAGAUGAUACUUGGGAGGCUUGGCUGAAUGUUGAUACUUCUGGUUUUUCUAGCGUGAUUAGUUUGGGUGGCAAUGGUAUUAAGUUAAGGCGUGGCUAUUCCCCAUCUAAUUCUCCUAAACCUACUCAGGACGAUUUGCGUCAGCAGAGGGAAGAAGAAAUGGACGAUUACUGUUCACAGGUUCCUGUUCGACACCUUGUGUUUAUGGUUCAUGGUAUUGGUCAAAGGUUGGAGAAAUCUAAUCUAGUUGAUGAUGUUGGGAACUUUCGGCAUAUUACAUCUAGUCUUGGAGAGCGGCACCUCACUUUACACCAACGUAGCACUCAAAGAGUCCUCUUUAUCCCAUGCCAGUGGAGGAAGGGUCUGAAGCUUAGUGGUGAGGCUGCUGUUGAAAAAAUUACUUUAGAUGGAGUGAAGGGUUUGCGUGUCAUGUUGGGUGCGACAGCUCAUGAUGUUUUAUAUUACAUGAGUCCCAUAUAUUGUCAAGACAUCAUCAACUCGGUAUCUAACCAAUUAAACCGACUUUAUAUGAAAUUUCUUAGAAGGAAUCCAGGAUAUGAUGGAAAGGUUUCCAUAUAUGGACAUUCUUUGGGAAGUGUCCUUUCAUAUGAUAUCCUCUGCCACCAGAAGAAUCUGUCAUCUCCUUUUCCAAUGGAUUGGAUGUAUGGGGAACAUGCUAGAAGUGAAGGGUUCUCGGGGGUGCAUGAUCAAUCCUCUGCACAGAACUCUUCUUGCAAUACGGAGAAUAAUUGUUCUACUGCAGUUUAUGGAUGUGCAGACAUUGUACAACUUGCUAAAGAGGAUGGUGAGAGAAAUAUGCAUUUGGAAGAUCCUUCAAUAGUUGCGGAUCCUGUGCCAUUGCAUUCAUCUGAUCUCAUUAUUAAACAUGAAAAUGCUUGUGGGGAAGCUGAUUACGAUUCCAGCAAAAGGCUUCCUCAAACAAGUGAUGAGCUGGAGGAGUUAAAUAAAAAUGAAAAUUGCGACUUAGAGGUCCCCAGUCUAAAUAGAAUUGGCGAACUACAAUUUGAGAAUUCAAAAGAUGAAGAUGAAAUAAUCAAAUCCCUGAAAGAAGAGGUUGAUUAUCUUAAAAAGAAAUUGGCAGAACUUGAAUUGAUGUCUGCUAAUAGGGAUACAGAUGGAGUAUUGAAUGAAGGAAAUAAGAAAAGUUUAAUAGGUAUGCCCAAGGAACCCAUGUUAGAAGAGUUGCCUCCCGAUCAAGAUGAUGAUUCAAUGAGUUUUACUCCUCAGAUAAAGUACAAAAAGCUUGCAUUUAAGGUUGAUACAUUUUUUGCUGUUGGAUCUCCUCUUGGCGUUUUUCUUGCACUUCGUAAUAUCCGUAUUGGAAUUGGAAAAGGGCAAGAAUAUUGGGGUGAAGAAAAUAUAAAAGAAGAAAUGCCAGCUUGCCGUCAAAUGUUUAACAUUUUUCAUCCAUUUGAUCCGGUCGCAUACAGAGUAGAGCCACUUGUUUGCAAGGAGUACAUGCUUGAACGACCUGUUAUUAUACCAUUCCAUAGAGGUGGAAGGAGGUUGCAUAUUGGAUUUCGGGAAUUUACUGAUAACUUGGCUCUUCGUUCUCAGGCAAUGAAGGACAAUCUACACACUCUGGGGGUUAAAGUACUCACAAUUUGCCAGUCUAGAAAGGCAGAUGGUGUAGAAGAAGGAGCUGAGGAUUUUCAAGGAGGAGAACUGAAGUCUUAUGGUGUUGCAAUGAUGGAGAGAUUGACAGGAAGUGAAGGAGGGCGGGUUGAUCACAUGCUUCAAGAUAAAACUUUUGAGCAUCCAUAUCUGCAAGCCAUUAAGUCCCAUACAAACUACUGGAGGGAUCAUGACACUGCUCUUUUCAUAUUGAAACACUUGUAUCGGGAUAUACCUGAAGAUCCCGAUACGCCCCCAGAAUAUACUGAGCCCGAUUCAAAGGAUUGCUGGUACAAUCAAAGAGAGAGUAUUGAAGAGGAGCUUUCAUUAACAUUUUCCGAUGAGGCUGUGGUAAGGAGCUUCUCAAGGAAAGUGAAGAAAAUGAUGAAAAAUCAAAGAUAGACGUCAAGUGCAACAAAGGCUAUAGCAUCAUCUUCUCUGUGGCCUAGCCUAGGUACAGCUACUACUAGUUCUAAGGUUUAGUGAAUUUUGAUGCCGAAGGUUGGACGGCCGGGAUUGUUAUGUUAAUGAGUAUGCAAAUUCCCACCUUCAAAUAUGGGGAGAGACUUGUGGUUUCUCUUUUCUUUCCAUGUACAUAUAAAGGAAAGGAAAACAAAACGAGGACGUAAUAUUUCAGAUUAAAUGUAAAUUGUAAAUUAAUACCUGUAAAUUUUUUAGUAUACCUCUUGCUGUGAGAUGAUUAGAUGUAA